AUGUCUUCGGAGGAUCACCUUCCAGCGCUCGCUCCAGGGCCUCGCGGUCCAGUCAAAAAACAAUCCUUCACUUUGAUGAAGCCGAGGAAAAACUCCACGGCCUGUCUGCCGUGUAAACAAGCGAAACGCAAGUGCACCGGACGCCCUGCACCCUGUAAAGCAUGUCAGAACACAGACGCUGAAUGCGUCUUCGAUGAAACGCUUGACCUUAGGCGUAAGGUCGCUGCUAGACGCACUCUCGGGGAGCUGGAGUACUACCGAGGUUUGCUAUAUUCCUUGCUAGAGUCGCUCCGCUCGCCGGAUGAAGACAAGGUCAAUCAUAUAUUAGAGACCAUACGCGGCAAUACGUUUUUAUCCAACGUCGCCACUGUUGUGGAUGCGCCAGCCGACAUGAGUGACGCGGGCUCUGAAAACGCCAGAACCGUAGGGACCGCGGAGGACGCCAUAGCCCAACAGGAACGUUUGGCUGCUGAUGCUCAAUCUCGGAUAACCCUAGAAAAGCUCUGCGAUAUCCCUGUAUUCCAUGUGCCAGCUCAGCCUUGGACGGCCGUCACCGACGAUGACCAUCUCGUUUCGCAUUUGAUCUCUAUGUACUUCACAUGGGACCAUCCUUUGUCACAGUUAGUUGAUCAGAAAGUGUUUUUGAGACAUAUGAGAGAGGGCAACAAAAACACAGAGUUUUGCACCUCUUUCCUUGUAAAUAGUAUGCUAGCAGUUGCAAGCACAUAUUCUGAUUUCCCGGAAGCCUUCGCUAUUCCCGGAGAUGUGGCCUCCAAGGGGGCGAACUUCUUCUAUGAAGCAGAACGUUUGUGGAAAGCCGAAGAAGGUCGUCCAUCCUUGGCCAAUAUUCAGGCUCUUGCCCUAUUGAGUCAUGUGCAAGUAUCCAUGGAAUCUCGGAAACCCGUGAAUCUAAGACCCCCGAUUUUCCAGCUUCGUGGGAGAGACACCGUCGAUGACGAUGUCGUAUGGAUCCCCUAUCCUCGGUCGAAUCAUAUUGAAUAUCUAAAAAAGCCAGCAUUGCUCCGGGAGAUAAUGAUCCAAACCGUGGACUUCACGGAACUAGUUGUCAACAUGCAAGACCUGCUGUUUGACAAAGCGUUUGAUAUGGCCAUUGGCGACCUACGUAUAGCGGUCAGCGCCAUGUACACUCGGCUAGAAACGUGGCUCAGAAACCUGCCCCGUCCUCUGGGAAUCGACAAGGAGAGCGUACAGGUUCCUCAAAUAUUGAACUUGCAAUAUCACCAUACAAUCAUACGGUUUUUCGAUUUUCUCUUGAAUCACGAAGAUUUUGUCGCCAUGUCGCAUCCGACUCAAAUUGACCAGGCUAGAUUCAUCCGACUCCAAUCAGCAAAGCGAAUUGCUGAUUAUCUCCUCCUAUACCAUGAGGCCUAUGGGCUUAGACAUGUCCCCGGCCAGAUGCUGGAGCCUACCAAUGCUAGCUCCCUUAUCUUGCUCACAGUUUUGGACGACUGUGACGAUGACCUCAAAGAAGCAUUCGUUGAGUUGUGUCGGUUCUUGGUGGCCUUCAGCAAGAGGUUCUCCCUGGCGAAAGAUAUGCUCGCGGAUAUAGAAUGCACAGCCAAUUCAUUGAGCAUCAAGCUUCCACCUGAAGCUGGUGCGGUGUUGGACCACCGAGAUUUAGAAUCGUCCCAGUGGCUCUAGCUUGGUCUCUUUUUUAUGGUAUGUAUAUCGUCUCCGAACUGCUGUAGCAAGCCGGCGGCUUACUUAUCGACAAUGUAGAAAGACAUAUUCAUUGACGCGGGUCAAGGGGGAGAGGACGUUAUGUGAGAAACGUAUGAGAGAGGAAGCGGCGGAGGCCAGUCUGUCGGUCAAACAAUUGUGUACUGUGCGGAGCCAUCUUGCGUGAAUUAGCGUUCCACCCCAACCGUUCCACUCCAACCAACCUGUCAUUAUACGAUACUCGGUGGUGUUUCACUGAGUAUGGUUAACCACCUGUCAGUAACUGUGACUUGAGCAAAGCUGGGGUCAGGCAGUAAGGGGAUUCAUUUCUUUUCGUAAGGGGUUGCUAGCGGACUUGUCUUAGGUGCACUUGUGGAUUGUUGAAAUUGAGAUCAGAAAGUGAUCUAGGAAAGAAUGGGAGGGAUAAAAAACAAGAUGAGGUGGGCAACUUGGAGGAAAAGAGACUGGAUCGCCUGCCAUGGGUCUAUGAAAUGAUAACUGGAUGA